AUGGAUCAAGAAGUGAAGCUGUACGGUAACUGGGCAAGCUUUUUUGCGUAUAAGGUGAUCUGGGCUCUGAAACUGAAGGGCAUCAAGUAUGAGUACAUAGAAGAAGAUCUCUCUAACAAGAGUGAUUUGCUUUUGGAGCAUAAUCCAGUUUACAAGAAGGUCCCUGUGCUUGUUCAUGGUGGAAAACCAAUUCCUGAGUCCUCUGUCAUCCUUGAAUACAUAGAAGAUACAUGGCCCCACCCAAAUCCCUUGUUCCCUGAAGAUGCUUUUGAAAGAGCCAUGGCUCGAUUCUGGAUAAAGUUUGGAAAUGAGAAGGGUCUAGUCUUCUACUCCUAUUUCCGGGCCAGUCAAGAACAGAAAGAAGAGGCAGCAAAUCAGGUUUUGCAAGUUCUGAAAAUCCUGGAGGAUCAAGGACUAGGGAGCAAGAAAUUCUUUGGUGGCGAAUCGAUUAACGCGGUGGACCUGUCAUUCGGCUGGCUUGUUCAUUGGUAUGAAUGCAUGGAGGAAGUGGUGGGAGUAAAAGUUCUUGAGCCAACCAACUUACCCCGUCUGCAUGCGUGGCUGGAAAAUUUCAAGGAAGUGCCAGUGAUCAAGGAGAAUCUCCCUGACAAAGAAGAACUGAUGGAGUACAAUAAGAAGAUCAGGGCAAGUUUCCUGGUAGAUUGA